AUGGUACGGCCCGCACAUGGGAUUCCCCGCAUCGCCAAGUCCCCGACGGGGUCAGAUGGACACAGAAACGGAGAGAGGUUACAAACCACCUUUGGGCUAAGUCCCAGGCGCCCAGCAGCACGGCCACCACGCCGGCCGGCCGAGCCAGAGGAGCCCGAGCACAACAACUCCAACAACCUGGCGCCGUGCGGGCCGGGCGCGGGGCCGGGCGCGGGGCCCGGCAAGUCCAGCAAGAAGAAGAACCAGAACAUCGGCUACAAGCUGGGCCACCGGCGCGCCCUGUUCGAGAAGCGCAAGCGGCUCAGCGACUACGCGCUCAUCUUCGGCAUGUUCGGCAUCGUGGUCAUGGUGGUGGAGACCGAGCUGUCCUGGGGGGCCUACGACAAGGCGUCCUUGUACUCCUUAGCUCUGAAAUGCCUUAUCAGCCUCUCCACGGUCAUCCUGCUCGGCCUGAUCAUCGUCUACCACGCCAGGGAAAUACAGCUGUUCAUGGUGGACAACGGCGCGGACGACUGGAGAAUAGCCAUGACCUACGAGCGCAUCUUCUUCAUCUGCCUGGAGAUCCUCGUGUGUGCUAUCCACCCCAUCCCCGGCGACUACACGUUCACCUGGACGGCCCGCCUCGCCUUCUCCUACGCCCCCUCCACCACCACCGCCGACGUGGACAUCAUCCUGUCCAUCCCCAUGUUCUUAAGACUCUACCUGAUCGCCAGGGUCAUGCUGUUGCACAGCAAACUCUUCACCGAUGCCUCGUCCAGGAGCAUCGGCGCGCUCAAUAAGAUAAACUUCAACACGCGCUUCGUCAUGAAGACGCUAAUGACCAUUUGCCCGGGGACCGUGCUCUUGGUGUUUAGCAUCUCCCUGUGGAUAAUUGCUGCCUGGACGGUCCGAGCCUGCGAGAGGUACCACGACCAGCAGGACGUGACCAGCAACUUCCUGGGCGCCAUGUGGCUCAUCUCCAUCACCUUCCUGUCCAUCGGCUACGGGGACAUGGUGCCCAACACGUACUGCGGGAAGGGCGUGUGCCUGCUCACCGGCAUCAUGGGUGCGGGCUGCACAGCCCUGGUGGUAGCUGUUGUGGCGCGAAAACUAGAACUCACCAAAGCGGAGAAACACGUGCACAACUUCAUGAUGGACACCCAGCUGACCAAGAGGGUAAAAAACGCAGCUGCCAACGUGCUCAGGGAAACAUGGCUCAUCUACAAAAACACGAAGCUGGUGAAGAAGAUAGACCACGCGAAAGUGAGGAAACAUCAGCGGAAAUUCUUGCAAGCUAUUCACCAAUUGAGAAGUGUCAAGAUGGAGCAGCGGAAGCUGAAUGACCAGGCCAACACCCUGGUGGACCUGGCCAAGACUCAGAACAUCAUGUACGAUAUGAUCUCCGACUUGAACGAGAGGAGCGAGGACUUCGAGAAGCGGAUCCUCACCCUGGAGACGAAGCUGGAGACUCUGAUCGGCAGCAUCCACGCCCUCCCGGGCCUGAUCAGCCACACCCUGCACCAGCAGCAGCGGGAUUUCCUGGAGGCCCAGAUGGACGGCUAUGACAAACGGCUGGCCUAUGGGGCGGAGCGCUCCCGGUCCUCCUCCAGACGGCGGAGGUCCUCUUCCACGGCACCACCAACUUCAUCAGAGAGUAGCUAGAAGAGAAUACGUUAACCACAAACUAAGACUUUUUGCCAUCAUAUGGUCAAUAUUUUAGCUUUUAUUGUAAAGCCCCUAUGGUUCUAACCAGCGUUGCCCGAGUUCUGAUGUCAGAAUCUUGGGGACCUGAACAUAACUAUACUAAGUUUUAGGCCAAAAUGAGUUGAAAACUCUUUUUUUUUUUUUUCCGGUUUUGUUUCUUUGAGACACACAGGG